GACGUCGUCGACCAUAUGGCUUUCUCAGGGUGAAAUGAAUGCUCGUCCUGCCAGAGAAGGUUGAGAAACGGACCUUGCGGAGGUCAUUGCGUUGGAAUACUCCCAUGGAUGCCGCGUUCUCGUUCUUCGAAAACUAUAUUGGAGACACCUCCAUCCUCCGCACGUACGUACCCCGGAGUAUCUAUUCACAAGACUUGCGCGCCGUUAGCUCGUUGAACAAGUAUUCGUCCCCUCGAUCUAUGUGGAGAACUUUCUUGUCCCUGAAGGGAGCUUGCGAAACAUCAUCUUCAUUCACCUGGCAUCUUCGUGGCUAGCUAGCGUGCUUCGCGAGGAAAACUUAAGCCUAGGAUGCUUCCAACGCGUCAUAGUCGUACCCAAGAAGCUAUCGCCAUUGUAUAUGAUGUUCCCGCUGUACAUUAGCUCGUCCGCACUUAUCAGAAGGAAUUGAGUAGCGCCCACGGCUUUUCGGGACGUAUUGCCCAGACCAGACCGAUCUUCGUUCAUUCCAAUGCCGAUUAAAAUUACACAAUUUCAUAACAGCCUACUGGGGUGAAGCAUUAUGAACAUCGUGUAUCGCAUAGGCGAAACUCUGAUGUAUUCGGCAGAUCGAGCUCUCGGAACAAUCCAUCCGGUCCUCCGAAUCAAUGCCGCAUGCACUUGCUCCAGGCCUGUGGACGAGCCCUCAGGAAUACGUUAUGUUACUCAACUUGGAAUGUUAACCCAGCAUGAGCCGAAAUAUCUUGAGAAGCAAGUUUCAAUCACUUCUUUAACGAUUGUAUUGGCGGAGUGGGUUAUAAAUUCCUAUACGUUAUCUAAUGUAGUACCUGAGAAUGGUCCAGGUGCAUCGAUUUGGCUUGUAUUUUCGGCUAUUAGCACUGAAAGCAACCGCUAUGACGCACGAUCUGCUCACUACACCGAUUUGAAUGAGCCUCUAUCACUUCCCAUCUCCCGGAAAAGUGCCCAAUCGAUACCGCAACCAAACACAACUGAGGAAGCCUCCGAAGAUGCGGCCUUCAAGAUACUGGAUGCUGAAGAGUGGAGACGGUUGAUAAUUAUUCCGACCGUCGCAAUUGCAUGCUGCUAUAUUCCGAAUUUACACGAUGCCUUAGCAAGAUGCGGCGAUUUUGAGAAGACAUCGGGUGCAUUUUGCUCCUCGCGCGAUACUUGCUGCAAACUCAGAUACGACUUUGAUAAACGACAUAUCGGCGACCGCGCCGAGCAGAUUGGGCGGUUCUGGAUUGCGCCGCACCCUACACACGCGCGCACUUCGGACCGUAACAGCGAAGGCUGCGACAGAAAUGCGAGACCGCCAUCGGCAACCGAAGGUCCUAGGAAACAUUUUCAUCCAAACGGCUCGCGUGCAUGCUCUUCCGCACCAUCUCCGACUCCCGAGACGCACCAUCAGCACCGAAACGCUUCUCAUGUUCCGUUCUCUACCCCUGCUGUACUCUGCCGUUCUCUAUGCUGCGUAUAUCCACCGCACCAGCCCCGCCUAGCGCCCAGACUUAGACUUGAGACUCGGGGCACGUGUCGUUCUCAUGUCGAUCCCUUGCGGGGGUCCGAAGUUCCGGACGGCCGGGACAAUCCCCCGAAUCUCCGAGGCUGUGACUGUCGGAUCCGGAGGUUGAGCUUAUCCUUACGACAAUUGCCUGCUCGUUUACUUGUCUCGCCGCCGGCUGCCGCUUAUUCUCAACAUACGAAGUUAGCCGAGUUCGAAAGUUUCUCGUUCGCUGCGUGA